AUUUCACCAAACAACAUUAUUAACCUAUAGAAACUUGAGCUCUUGAAGCAACCCACUUCUUUCAUUGCUUAUAAUUUUCUUCUUCUUAAAAUAUAUACCUAUAAAUGUACAUCUUACUCUCACCACCAUACCAAUAUCCUUUCUUUUUCUUUAUCAUCUUUAUUCCAUGAUGGAUCCUUCAUGCACCUCAACUUCUGUCAGUGGCUUCUACAACUUUCUCACUCAUGAACUCAACAAUCUUGAUCAAUCUUUCCUCUCCCAUAGUUUCAUGUCAAUCCAAUUCCUUCAGAAGGUACUCUCAUCUCUCAAGUCCUUCCAUUCUCAGUUGACCACUUUGGUUCAAAAGCUUCACUUACCCAUAGGAGAGAAGUGGCUCGAUGAGUACAUGGAUGAAAGCUCCAGGCUCUGGGAAGCCUGCAAUGUUCUUAAAUUAGGAGUCUCUUGCAUGGAAAAUGUUUUCGCAGCUGGAGCCAAUGUCCUGUCCUCCACAGAUGAGUUCCACUACCACUUGAAUGAACAAACUUCUAACCAGGUUAUCCGGGCAGUAAGUGCAUACCAAAUGGAAAUUAUUGGUUUGGAACAUGAUAAUAAGGCCUUGAUGGAAACAAGAAUUGAGCAGCUAUCACUACGCAUCAAUGAAAACAUUAUCUCAAUGGGGUCCAAGUUCAAUGGGUUCAGUGGCUUUCGUGGCGUCAUGUAUGCAAUGAGGAACGUCAGCUCAUUGCUUUUGAUGAUCCUGCUAAGCGGGAUUGUAUAUUAUUUGCCAGGAUCAAGUUUUCAAAAGGAAGGAGGGCUGGAAGGCAGUGUGAUAUUUGGCUCAAAUUUCAUGGUUUCGGUAGCAAGAUUGCAGCGAAGAGUGGCUAAUGUGUUCGAGCAGAUCCCUGGGCCGCCUCAUGGAUUGCUUCUUCAUGAGUUCCAGGAAACGAAAUCUGCGAUGGAGGAGGUGAGAGGUGAGUUGGAGAGAAUGGUGGAGCAUGAAGCAGAGAUUCAUGAUAUCCAAGAUAGGGUCGACAAGUUGAAAAGUUGCUUUGGGUUGUUGAGAAGUGGGGUUGAGGCUAUAAUUGAGCAGCUUGAUGACUUCUUUGAUGAAAUAGUGGAGGGAAGGAAGAAGCUUUUGGACAUGUGCACUCAUAGGUAGACAAAGAGUACGUUGGACGUGAUCAGCCUAAGCUAGGUGGGGAACAUAUGGAAACAAAAGAAAAAGGAAAUGAUAAAGAGACAGAAGGGUAAUCAGUAUUGAAAAAACAUAUUUUGUUGAACUUGGAUAUGAGCUCCUUGAUUGUAAUCGAUUGAUUUCCAAGUAGUCUAUAUAAGGGGAGAUUUAAACUUAAA